UCGGAUGUGGGGCAAGCUGAAGGAGGCUGAGGAGAGGGCGAAAGAGGCGGAGGGGAAGGCAGCAGAGGAGCAGGAAGCUGCUCGGAAGGCGCUGGACGAGCUGGAGGAGGUGACGUGGAAGGUGAAGGGGGCGGAGGAGGAGGCGAGGAGGGAGAGGGAGAAGCGGGAGAAAAUGGCCGAGAGACUGGCUCAGGUGGAAGAGGAGAUAGCUGAGAGCCUGGGCGGAGCCGGAGCUGCAGCAGGUGGGAAGAUCGCUGGGCAGGUAGGCUUUAAGUCAGCAGCAGGAGAACAGGGGGGACGAGGAGGAGGAGAUUCAGGGGGAGCAGCAGGAGGAGCAGUGCCAGCUGGGUUCACUCUUAUAGAGGAGUGUGCAAUAGAGGGGAUGCAGAGGAGGGAGGCGGAGCUGCUUAUGCAAGUGGAUCAGCACCGGGUGAUGCUGGAAAGCAAGGGGGCGGAGGUUCGGAAGAAGGAGGCGGAGGUUCGGGCGAAGGCUCGGGAAGUGACUGCCAAGGAAGAGGAGCUGAAAGCGCUCAGGGCUAAGUGUCAAGAAUCGGGAGGCUUAGCUGCUAAGGAACAGGAGAUUAAGCGCCUGAAGGAGGAGCUUUUAGCUAAGAGCGAGGAGAUUAAAAGGCUGGAGAGAGAGCUGUCUCAGAAGGAGGAGGAGGCGAGGAGAAAAGAUAUGGAGUUGAUUAUGAAGUCAGCUGAGGCCAGAGCUAAGGAUGAGAUAAUAGAAGAGAAGGAGAGGGAGCUACAGGAGCUGAGAGAGCAGCUCUUCUCAGGGGCGUCUCCUAGAGGAGGGGGGACUAGUCGAAGCAUGCGGUAUGGAGGUCCCUCCCCUAGAAGAAAGUCGGAUUUUGAGGGAGAGGAGGGGAGAGGGGAGGGUUCGUUUGGCGAGGAGGGAGAGGAGGAUACUGUUGAGUCUUUAAGGGAGGAGAUAGCUCGGAUGGAUGGGGAGAUGGAGGAGUUAUACCAGGCAUUGAUCGAAGCUCGGGAGGAGAAGGAAGCGACUGUUACGGAGUUACUGAAGCAGGUGGUAACCUUAAACGACAGGCUGGCAGCGGCGAAACGGGAGAAGGACUCUGCAGUUGCCGAGGCUGAGAAGCAGCUCCGGGACGCUGUGGCUGACGCGGAGGAGCGGGCGGAGAAGGCUCGGAAGGAAGCAGAAUCCCUAGCAGUGGUGAUAGAGCAGACUGAGGGCGAUAAGGUGCAUGCGCGAGCAAGUGUGGAGAAGGCGCAGGAGUACCUUCGGGCGCUGGACAUUGCACGAGUGGAGGUGAAGAGGUUGAGGUUGGAGCGGGACUUGCUGAAUGAUAGGGUGAAUACGUUGGAAGAGCAGGCCAGGGCGGCUGUGAAUGCGGGAGGGGCGCUGGGGCGGUGGCUCAUGCCCAACUGCCUGCUGCAACGGCCGGAGGGCAGUGGGAGUGGCGGCAUGGGGGAUGCGCCUGAUACUCCAGGCCGGUGAUAGUAGGGGUGAUCAGUAGUCACUUAUCGAGCUUCUCGUUUUCCUCUAGGCGCUUCCUGACACACCUCUGGUGGAUGAUAGAGGCACUGCGGGAGGGGCACUGGGGCGGUGGCUUAUGCCGGAUUGUUUGUUGCAGCGGCCGGAGGGCAGUGGAUUUGGUGGCACGGGAGAUGGAUGCUCCUGUCACCCCUGGCAGGUGAUAGGGUGGGGUGGAGGUACUAGGUGCGGGUGAGCCUUGUUUCUCCUGACACCUUGAUGCUUCUGACACCUUGGUGCUCCUGACACCUUGGCGUGAGUUUCCUUUCAGUUGACUUUCUGUAACUCCUGCCUCUGAGCGUGUUAUGACAAGAGAGGUGAGGUGAGAGGGAUAAAGAGAGCAGCAUGGUGAUGCGGGGGGAGAUGGAUGGACCGGUUGACUUGCAGGGCGGACUGAAGGACAUACUGGUUUGACUCAAGGCCAGAUGAUUAUGCCAGAUUUUGUAAAGGGUAGGCUGGGCUGGGCAGACCAUAAAUGUGGUUAUGCGAAUGAGAGCAGAAAUGUGCAGGUUGCAGGUGGUGCAUUUGCCAGCAAUGUGCUGGAUUAUAGCUCGAUG